AUGGUCUUCAAAGCCCUCCUCAUCUCUGUCCUCGCUGCAUUUCAGAUCACUAAAGGCGCCCUCAUUCGUCGUGCCACCUGCUCCGACGGCACAGUAGUGGCCAACAGCGCGUGCUGCGUUCUGAUUCCGGUCAUUCAGGACAUUCAGGAGAACCUCUUCGACGGUGGCGAGUGCGGGGAGGAGGUGCACGAGUCCCUUCGUCUCACCUUCCAUGAUGCAAUCGGUAUUUCUCCCGCCAUUGCCGCAACGGGCGUUUUCGGAGGUGGAGGCGCCGACGGUUCAAUAAUCCUCUUCGAGGACAUCGAGCCCAACUUCCACGCCAACAACGGUGUCGACGAGAUCAUUGACGAGCAAAAGCCUAUCAUCGCGAAGCACAACAUUACGACCGCGGACUUCAUCCAGUUGGCGGGUGCGAUCGGCGUCUCGAACUGCCCUGGUGCUCCUCAACUAAAUGUCUUCAUCGGCCGUCCCGAUGCGACGCAGCCUGCGCCGGACAAGACCGUCCCCGAGCCAUUCGAUUCUGUCGACAGCAUCCUCGCCCGUUUCCAAGACGCGUUCUCCGACGUCGGCGGCUUCACUCCUGCUGAGGUUGUUGCGCUCCUGGCCUCCCACACCAUCGCUGCCGCCGACCACGUCGACCCUAGCAUCCCCGGCACACCCUUCGACUCGACCCCCGAGCUUUUUGACACCCAGUUUUUCAUCGAGACCCAGCUUCGCGGCACGUUGUUCCCCGGCACAGGGGGCAACCAGGGUGAGGCCCAGUCCGCACUCGCGGGGGAGCUCCGCCUCCAGUCCGACUCAGAGCUCGCGCGCGACUCGCGUACGGCGUGCGAGUGGCAGUCGUUCGUGAACAACCAGGCGAAGCUCCAAUCUGCGUUUAAGGCCGCUUUCCGCAGGAUGUCCAUCCUCGGCCACGACGAGAGCUCGCUCAUCGACUGCUCCGAUGUCGUCCCCGUGCCUCCUGCGCCCGCUUCUGAUGCGCACUUCCCCGCCGGGCAGACCAUCGACGAUGUCGAGCAGGCGUGCGCCUCUACUCCGUUCCCCACUCUCCCCACCGACCCUGGCCCAGCUAGCUCUGUCGCCCCUGUUCCCCCUUCCUAA